AUGAGGCCUUCUUUUGUACUAGUUUCUCUUCUCAUUUUUUCACUUCUCCUUACAAAAACUCAAGGGAUCCGUUUGGCGAAAGAGUCUUUAACAUUCGAGAAACCAAAACAUCAUGUAGAAGAAGAAGAAGCCAUUCUUUGCAAUGAUCAACAAAAAUGCACAGGAAAUAUAAAGAAUAGGAAACUUGUUAGCACUUCAAUUUCUACAACUAAAUCUUUGUCAAAGGUUGUGAAGAACAAAGAUGAAGCAAAGGAUGUAAAAGUAAAAUCAAUGGCAACUAGUUCUAAGUAUCUUCCUGAGGAUUUUGUAGACAUAACUGAGAUGGAUUAUUCUCCAGCUAGGAAAAAAUCUCCAAUACACAAUUAA